AUGGCGAUCAAAGAAGAUAAACAUGUAAAGAUGAUGUUUAAUAGGAUCCAGAAAAUGCCCCAAGUAAAUGCUGCUGUGUUGUAUGUAAGUUUGGAGGCGGCUGCAGAUAACACUACUGAGGUGGUGCAAGAAACAACUACGGCUUUACAAUUUACAGCCCUAGAUGAUGGAUGCACUACAAUGGGAGGGUAUACUGCACAAGGGUAUACGAUGGGAGGUUAUACGCUCCCAUCUCAAGAUCAUGUUGCUAAUACUAGUGAAACCCUCUAUCGUGAAGAGACACAUUUAGAGGAGGAAGACGAAGACGAAGAUCAUGUUGCGAAUGAUGGUGAAAAUGUUGAGGUUGUGGAUGAGUACGAAGAGAGGAUUGAGCAAGGCGACUUUGAGAACGAUGUGGAUGAACAUGAAGUCGUUCCCAAUUUUGAAGAGGAAAGUAUGGAGGACCAUGAUGAAGGUGAUGCAAAUGAUGAUAUUGGUGUCCAGCAUAAUAGAAAUACGACCACUGGCUACAGAGCUCCUGCUGAGUCAUUCUACUCAAAUACUUGGGAAGAUAUGGUUGAUCCUUCACGUCUUCAGAUACCAUUUGUCUCUACUUGGGAAGAUGGGAUGCAUUUUUCUAAAGGGUUGACUUUUGCAAAUAAAGAUGCGGUGAAACAUGCAUUGAUAAUAUACGCAGCAAAGGAUAAUAGAAAUUUUAUAAUCCGGAGGUCGACCAAAACGAAAUUGUGCGCCGCAUGUGUUGAUGACAACUGCAAGUGGUAUGUUGGGGCAUACAUGAAGACUAAAUUCAGUGGUAUGUGGAUGGUUACGUCUUAUGUGGGUCCACACACUUGUAUACCCUUUGGCCUAAAAAGAGAUGGUAGAAUGAUGGAUUCGCAUUUUGUUGCAUCAGAAAUUGUGGGGAGAUUGCAAAAAAAUCACACUACACGUAUUGAUGACCUAUGGGAGAUCAUACGUACUAAGUAUAAUCAUGAGCUUUCUUACUAUAAAGUAUGGGACGCAAAACAAAAGGCAAUUGCUAAGAUAUUUGGGGAUUGGGAGGAGUCUUACCAAAAGUUGCGAAAGUUGUUGUUGGCAUACUUGGAUGAGGACUCAGGUACCCAGUACAGCUAUCACACCAUACCUAGGCCAGACGAAGGUACUGCUGUACUACGCUAUGUAUAUUGGGCAUUCGCUCCAUGCAUUGCUGCAUUCCAAUAUUGCAGGCCAGUGAUUAGUAUUGACGGGACUCAUCUGUAUGGUAAAUACAAAGGGGUAUUGAUGAUUGCAAUGGCAACCGAUGCUAACCAAAAGGUUUUGCCUCUCGCCUUCGCUGUUGUGAACAAGGAGUCAGGGGCUAGUUGGGGGUGGUUUUUAGAGUGUCUCAGGACUUCCAUAGAGCAUGUCAUACCUAACGAUGGAAUUUGUAUUAUUUCUGACCGACAUAAAGGUAUCAAAUGUGCCAUUCGAGAGUGGCCUAGACGUGAGGACGGAAGAGAACAGGUAUAUCACCGAUAUUGCCUUCGACAUGUUGCUAGCAACUUCAACAGACACUUUGAUAACCCGAUUCUAAAGGCAUUGGCCUUGAAAGCUGGAUAUGCGAGUAAUGAAGCUAAAUUUCAGUCCAUAAUGCAAACCAUUAAGGAGGCCGAGAUUAAUUUACUGAGGGGUGUAGACCCUACUGAUACGCGGAUUGAACGUUAUAUGCCGUUCACAUAUCUAGUGAGUGAGGAAGUGGAGAAAUGGACCCAGUCACAUGAUGGUGGAAGACGUUACGGGGCAAUGACAACCAAUAUCUCCGAGUGCUUUAAUGGGGUACUUAAAGGUGCCCGCGGUUUGCCCAUUGCUGCAAUGGUUCAUUUCACUUGGUGCAAACUUGUUGCAUAUUUCCACGAUCGACAUAAACAAAUUACUUCUGAUCUCUCUCGAGGUAAGCUGUGGAGUGAUUAUGCAAUGGAGAUCUAUAGCAGAAAUGAGCAGAAAAGUGCAGAACACACUGUGAGGAAAUUUAAUCAUGCAGAUGGUGUAUAUCAGGUGGUUACCCCAUACAAUGACCGUAGAGGUGGAGGGGGAAACCACAGUCAUGAAGUGCGCAUAUUUGCUAGAACAUGUGGUUGCAGAAAGUGGCAAAACUUGAAGAUCCCUUGUUCACAUGCAAUUAAAGUUCUUCAAGUUCUGCAUCUCAAUGCGACCAACUAUAUUGACCCAUGUUACAGUUUGAACAACGCCAUUCUCACAUAUUCACAUAAUUUUGUGGUACCAAAGUCAGAGUCUGAGUGGAGGGACGUUUCCGGACCACGAUGGGUGCCUGAUCCACUGCUGUUGCGGGGCAUAGGUCGUCCUGUGAAGUCAAGAAUAAGGAAUGAAAUGGAUGGGGUACGGCGAGAACGGGGAAGCCGGAGGGAAGAUCCGGACUUGAGGGAGACUCAACCGAGGCAACGAUGCGGAGUGUGUCAUCAAGAGGGGCAUAACCGUAGAAGUUGUCCCAAUUCCCGUGGGGCAUCGACAAGUGGUACUGCUAUAAACUAGGCAAGCGGAAACUCGGUUUUGCUAAGUGACAUUGUACGUGGGACUUGUGGUUAUCUUCUGUAUUGACAAGUGCUAGGUGACUAUGUAGAAUCUGUUGUAUCAGUAUGGAGAAGUGCUUGGUGACUAUGUAGAGUAUGUUGUAUCAGUAUGGUUUUAGUAUGGACAAGUGGUAGGCAAAUAUGGAGACUAUGUUCUAUUUAUUAGUUGUUAUUUUGGUUAUUGUUGAAUGUUGUUGUAAUUGAACUAUUUGCUGUCCAUUGUACUUGUUACUAUAGUUGCGUUGUGCAGCUGCCUAUAAUGCCAGCAAUUAUAUUAC